CCUUACUUCCUCUUCUUUCUCUCCUCAGGGAAAGCUGAGAUGGGCUCCGGCGACCGGUUGAAGAAGCGAAUCCAGCUAUGGAAGAAGGCCUUGGUCCACUUCGCUCUCUGCUUCAUCAUGGGCUUCUUCACAGGCUUCGCUCCGAUGAGCUCUGUCUCCCUUUUCACCAGCCGCAACGCUGAAGCUCUUCGAACUAAGUUCAUUGACUCUGCGGCCGUCGCUAACAGGAGCCUCAUGGCUGAACUCAAGCCCCUCGUCGGGUCUUCCUCCAAUCACGACCUCCGGCAGUUGAUCGUCGUGACCACAACCCGCUCCGGCGACUGGUGGCAGGAUGCGCUGCUGAGGAGGAUGGCCGAGACAUUGAGGCUGGUGCCGCAGCCAGUGCUGUGGGUCAUCGUUCAAGCCUCCUCCGAUGCAGACACGGAGGCCACCGCCGAGGUGUUGAGGAAUACCGGCGUCAUGUACCGGCACUUGGCAUUCAAGGAGAACCUCACUAACGCAGCUGCAGAGGAGGAUGACCACCAGCGGAACCUGGCCCUGAGCCACAUCGAGCGCCACCGGCUCACCGGAAUCGUGCACUUUGCCGAACUCUCCAAUGUCUACGAUCUCCAAUUCUUCCAAGAAUUAAGAAACAUCGAGGUUUUUGGGGCUUGGCCAAUGGCCAUGGUGUCGGCGAACAGAAAGAGAGUGGUGGUGGACGGACCAAUCUGUAACUCGUCCAAUGUUAUUCUUGGGUGGAUAUCAGAGGACUUGUCCAAUGCGAAGUUUAGUCUCAGCAAUGAUCUGAUCAUGAAGAGUACUGAAGAAACGAUCAAAGCGAAGCCUUCAAAGAUCAACAUCUCAGGCUUCGCAUUCAAUAGCUCCAUUUUGUGGGAUCCAGAGAGAUGGGGUCGUUCCAUUUCAGUCCCAGACACAUCCCAGGAUUCUAUCAGAUUUGUGCAAGAAGUGAUGUUGGAAGACGAGACCAAGAUGAAGGGCAUCCCUGCAGAUUGCUCCAAGAUCAUGUUAUGGCGUCUCCACGUACAUGAAAGAUAGAUUUCGAUGAGGAGGAUACCACCAAUAACUCGUUAAGUAAUAUAUUGUUAUUAUCAGUGAAGAUGCACUGUAGAGAGAGAUAGAUUCAGUAUUAGUUUGCCAAAUUUUCCCACUGAAUAAUGAGCUAGCUAUUUGUUCAUAAUUGGUGGUGUUCUUUAAUCAGUACUGGAGUUGGUGCUCAUCAUUCAAUGUUUGUCUGCUGGUGUCUGAUAAAUUAUUGGAGAUUGGUUGACCA